UUGAUAUGCUUCAUUAGCAUUGCCUAUCCUGCCAGAUAGACUGCUAAAUAAUAUUUUAAAAUAACAAUCGAUACCAAACCAUUUAUAUUUCCCACAUUUAAAUAUAUUACAGUACAUUUGGAUUCACUUCACAAAUAUUUGAUUUUCAGGAACACAUUAAAAUCCGUCGUGUAUAUGUAUGGGAAGAGCAGUCUCACUGUCUGUGUUUCUCUCCCAUGAUUCUCCAGAUCAAACCAGCCAACUAAGACAUGCAGCAGGGAAAUGGAUCCUCCACGACGGAUUUCAUUCUCCUGGGCCUCUUCUCGGACUCCAGGCAUCCUGGCCUUCUUGUCACUAUCAUCCUCUUCAUUCUCGGGGUAGCCAUCGCUGGAAACUCAGUCUUGGCCCUACUGAUCUGGGGCGAUGCCCACCUCCACACCCCCAUGUACUUCCUGCUCAGCCAGCUCUCCCUCAUGGACCUCACCCUCAUCUCCACCACUGUCCCCAAGAUGCUCACUGACUUCUUCUCUGGACAUGGAUUCAUCUCUCACACUGGCUGCGGAGUCCAGAUCUUCUUUUACUUGAUGCUAGGAGUGGCUGAAUGUGUUCUCUUGACGCUCAUGGCGUUUGACCGCUACUUGGCCAUCUGCAGCCCCCUCAGAUACCCAGUCAUCAUGACCCCCGGGGUCUGUUUGCAAAUGGCCACGGGUUCCUGGGCUGGAGGGGUGCUCGUCUCCCUCAUUCACACAAUUUAUGCCAUGAAUUUCUCUACUUGUGACUCCAGGAUAAUCCACCAUUUCUUCUGUGAAGUCAUGGCCUUUCUGAAGCUCUCCUGUGAGGACACCUCAGCCUAUGAGAAGGUGGUGCUGGCAUCCGGCAUUGUCUUCCUCCUCAUACCUUUUGGUCUCAUCCUGACCUCCUACGUCCUCAUCUUUCUCACUGUGCUCCACAUGAACUCCCCCGAGGGCAGGGACAAAGCCCUGGCCACCUGCUCUUCCCACCUCAGUGUGGUGAGCCUCUACUUCGGUCCAGCCAUGAUCAUCUACAUGACCCCAGGUUCCUCUCUGCCCCUAGACGUGGGCCAGCAUCUCUUUGUGUUUAAUGCAAUCAUCACCCCCAUGCUGAACCCACUCAUCUACAGCCUGAGGAACAAGGAGGUGUUGGAGGCUCUGAGGAAGGUUCUAUGGAGAAAGCUGAUGUUCAAAGGGAAAAGAUGA